AAUUUGGUCACACUAUUCAAAUAGCAAAUAUUGUUCGUGGCACAGUACGUAAAUAUUGUUAUUAAAUUUAAUUGACGACCUCAGCAAUGCAUGACACCGCCAUCAAGCCGGUUCACCUACCUGGCUCCACCAGCACCGCCGAAAAGUUGUGCUUUGACAAGAAUGAGUUCAUGAAGGCAAAUUUUUCGGUGGACGAAUUCCUACACAAGAAUCGCAAUGCUCCCAGUCUGGAGCAGCUGCGGGACAACCUGGGGCUCUACCUAAAGGGAUUGCGGGCGGCGAUGAUCGACCUGAUUAAUGAGGAUUACGCGGACUUUGUGAAUCUGAGCGCUAAUCUGGUUGGGUUGGACCAGUCCAUAGAAACGAUACAGCGCCCACUGGAGCAAUUCCGUACCGACAUCGAGAGCAUCCACAGCCUGAUUGACGAGAACGUGGCGGAUCUGCGGGCCCAGCUGGAGGAGAAGCGACGGCUGCGGGAGUUCAAGCGCAGCCUGCAAAGCCUCAAAAGAGUGUACGAGACGACCAGCAAGCUGCAGGAUCUUAUUGACCGAAAACUGAGCGACGAACAGAAAACGAUUGAAGCUGUUGACUUGGAGCGUGCUGCUUUGGAUCUAAUUCAGCUAAAGUUCCAUGAGAAGCACUGCUCCCAGCAUCUUAAUGCCGAACAGGAAUCGAAAAUCAAGCACCUGGAAAGACAGCUGCAUCAGCAUUUGCGACGGUUCUUCAACGAAGCGUUGGGCCACGCCCGCAACUCGAAUGCGGAGCACCUGGAGCGCUGCUUGCGGGUCUAUAUAACCCUUAAUGCGUGUUCCCAGGCAGAAAUAGCUUUCCGCGAGGACGUGGUGGCCCCGUAUAUGAGCAGUGUGAUUGGGGAGCAGCAGCUGCAGAACUCGCCACAGGGCUUGGCCGGCAUUUACAGCAAGAUACUAAAUUUCAUAUCCCUGCACAUGACGGACCUGCUCCGGCUCACUCUCUACUCGGAUAAGUUUCCCGGAUUCAAUUUUGUGGUGAACAGCUACUGGUCUGAUGUGGAAACACGACUCGAGCUGCAUAUGAAUUCCAUAUUUGCACCUGGAAACUCGGAGGUGUUCUAUGUGAAAUACAAAUGCACUCGCGACUUUCUCGGAAAGAUAGAGGAGAUCCUGGCAAGCAGCGGAGAAAAGGCAGUGACUUACUAUCGUCAGCACAAGCAAACAAAGAGUUUUGAAGCGCGCUGGAACCUUCCCGUAUACUUUCAAAUAUGCUUCCAGGAAAUCGCUGGAAAAUUUGAGGGAAAGUUGGAACCUGUCCUGCAGGACGACACACUCGUCGCAAAUCCCGACGAAAAAUCAUACAGACUGUCAUCCUUUAAUGCCGCAAAUGAGGCAAUGUCGCGCUGCUGGGCGGAGGGGGUUUACCUGCCAGAGGUUUUCCCCAAAUUUUACAAACUGAAUGUGCAAAUCGUGCUGCGUCUGUCCCGCUGGAUCACAGAUGCCAUAGCUGUUUCAAAGGGAGACAGUUUUGCAAAGUCCUAUUCGCGUCACCAACUGCUGAUUGCUCUGCACGCAGACAUCCGUAAAUUGGACGCCCAUCUGCCAGAUCUCCAGCGGUCGAUUGCCCACACUGUGCCUACAGAGCUGCGCACAAAAAUCUUUAGCGAUGUGCUGGGAAAGUCGAUGGGAGCUCUUGCCGACACCCUGAGCGCACAUUUGGCCAGCAUCCAAAAAACGCUGGUGGAGCUAUUGAUCGGGGAGUGCGAAACGGAGAACGUGCGUCAAGUGAAUGACUUGCCUCGCCUGUAUCGGAAGACCAACCGGGAAGUACCCACCCGCUGUUCCGCCUAUGUGGAUCAGAUGCUUCGUCCCCUGAAAACCUUUUCGCAGCAACAUGAAUCGCAGCUGGGAACUCUAGUGGUGGAGCAAAUCCUGUCAGAGGUUGCGAGUCAUAUCACAAAGGCGUACUUCGCCGUGGUAAGUGACGUUCUGACCUCCGUUCAGAAAACCGAAGAGUCCCUGCGGCGACUACGAAAUGUGAAGAGUGGCGGUUCUGCUCCAGUUUCAAACUCGGCCGUAAUGUCCGACGAUGAUAAGAUACGUGUCCAAUUGCGAGUAGAUGUCUCCUCCUGGAAGCAGGAACUCUCAAAACUGAACUUCCAAGCCACUCAGAUUGAAAAACUGGUGGAACUGACUAAUAUGGUGGAGGAUAGCAUCAAGCUAAAGGACACUAGUGCGUAGAGCUUCCCAAAGAGGUCACUAAACAUAUACACUUCACUUUAUUUUUGUUAAACGAUUUCUAAUCGAUUUAGGCACAAUUACAGAUUGUAUUAGGACUACGAAUUGUAAAUAAUAUUUAUAUCAUAUAUAAAUGCAUUAAAUUUCA